AUGUAUUUGUUCGGCCAAGUAUCAUCUCUCGUUGGUCAUGGUAACAUGCUCAUGGAUGGCAGCUGCGUAGAUAUUCUAUGUGUCAGUGUAGCCAAAGCCAUGGGUGCUGAAAUCAGCAUUGUCGUUGGUAUUUCUUUAUCACAACCAGACACAACAGAUCAAGAUCAGCAACUUGCCCUUUACUCUACUGAUUCACUCAGUGGAAAGUGUAACAAGAUUUCAGGAGGUAAAACAAUAAAUGGGGCCUUGUACGUAAAGCUUCCUACACCUGCUACGGUAGUACCAUACUCUGAUUCGAACAAGUUCGAUCAAUCAAGCUAUAGGGUUGCCCAUGAAUCCGUUACUCAAUGCCGUAAAGAAGAAUUAGCUUCAGGCUGGGUGUCACUAACAGGUCAUCAACUAAUCGCUGACUUGAUGGCACGCAGAGCCAAGUCAAAUACGUAA